AUGACGGAACCAUCCUUCUCGCUGCUCGCGCUGCUCAAAAAGAUCUCGACGAAAGCUUCGGCCGUAACUGCCGACGAAGUCACCGACGCCAUCACGCGCAUCUCGCAGAACCAAUGCUCGCCCGUCCAGACCGGCGCGUUGCUCACCGCAAUGCACUAUACCGGGCUCGACAUGAGGGCGGAUGUCAUCGCGGGUGCGGCGAAGGCGAUGCGUGCAGCCGGGAUCAAGAUCGAGGGGCUGAAGGUGCAUCCCCGCGGAGAGGGAGUGGGAGAGGGAGAGGGAGUGGGCACGUAUCGCGGUGGACUGGUCGACAUUGUCGGCACCGGCGGCGAUGGGCAUGAUACGUUCAAUGUUUCCACGACUGCGGCGAUUGUGGCGAGUGGAUGCGGAAUCCGGAUUUGCAAGCAUGGCUCGAAGGCGUCUACCUCCUCCUCCGGCAGCGCGGAUAUCCUCACCUCGCUCGGCGCGUCGCUGGCUUCCGUCACCGCGCCAGUGGUCUCCGAGUACUACUCUACCGCAUCGCACCCCGCCAGCAGCUUCUGCUUCCUUUUCGCACCGGUGUACCACCCGGCGAUGGCACAUAUCGCACCCAUCAGACGCGAACUCGGCUGCAGGACUAUCUUCAACGUUCUGGGACCGCUGAUUAAUCCGAUCGAUUACUCGCACCCAGAAGGACUGGAGGCGAGGAUUCUGGGAGUCGGCCGACAGGAGUUGGGGAGGGUGUAUGCUGAGACGCUGCGGCUGCUCGGCGUGAAGAAGGCGUUGGUGGUGUGCGGUGAGGAACAGCUGGAUGAAAUCUCGCCGGAGGGAUAUACCAACUGCUGGAGACUCGUGGAGGGCACGGAUGGAGAAAUUGGGAUACAGGAGUUUAGGAUUCAUCCUACGGAGACAUUUGGGCUGCAGACGCACCCGCUGACGGACGUGGCUGGUGGGAAGGGGCCGGGCGAGAAUGCCGAGAUUCUGAAGAGGUUGCUCCAAGGAAAGAUGCCGAAGGGGGACCCGAUCAUGGACUUUGUACUUUGCAAUGCGGCAGCGUUGGUGGCCGUUACCGGCGUGGUGGGGGGCGUCGAGAAGCUGGGCGCGGAUGGGAUCAUGAGGGGCUCUCUGUGGAAGAACGCAGUGGAGACGGCGAUGGAGGGGAUUAUGAGCGGGCAGAGCUCGCGGAGUUGGGAGAGGUUUGUGGAGGUCUCGAGACGUGCUUCGGAAGCGCAGCUGACUGCGUAG